AUGGCAAAUACAACGUCGCCUUAUCUAGGCGGAUGUAUUGCACCGUUUCUGGACCAUUCGCUGUUCCCCAGUGAAGGCGGCUUCACCUCUGGACGAUUUUGCGCACCCAUAGACCUAUUACCGGGGACACCAACAUGUUGUUUACCCUGUCCAGCAACAGAGUGGGCGUACUCUUCGGACUUUCAGACAUAUGGCCGAGCAGCUGAAUGGCUGAAUGUCAUCGGGCUAGUUCUACUUGUGUUCAUGUUGCUGUCUUAUACCGUACUGCCCGCACAGCAGACCCGAAGUCACUACCUGAGCAUCUGUCUGAUCUUCGCAAUAAUGCUAAUAGCAAUCGGAUUCACUGUUCCCCUCGCAGCGUCGCCCGACCAAUGCUUCAACGAGAUUACCCCGAAUGAUAUGUACUCUUCGACAGAGUGUGCUGUUAGUGGCGCUUGCAUCAUCGCGGGAGGACUCUCAGCAGUCAUGUGGAUCUUCAUACGUGCGCUGUCGAUGAAUCUACAAAUCUGCUGGGACAUUGCACCUGGACGCAAAUUCUUCUACGCGUCCCAACUUUUCGGAUGGGGAAUCCCCGCGGUUCUCUUCUGCAUUACCRUGACAAUUACAGGCGUGUCAUUCCGGUUCGGAUCGGCAUGCCAUGUCAACCACGACAACAGCAUGGGUGACUUCUGGGGACCUCUCCUGGCGUUUGCUGGAGCUGCUGGUAUACUGCAAUGCAUCACGUUUGGAUACUGCAUCCAAGUGUACAUGAAGAAUCUCUGGUCGGAUGAAUCAUCGACCCAAGCAAGUGGGCACGGGAGCUCCAAUCUGCCUUCGUACAACAACAGUGUCCGCACACAGACUGCACGCGCAGUCUAUCAGCGGCUGAAGAAGGUCCUCUGGCUACAAUGGAGGGGUAUUGCCAUUGUCACCAUAAUUCUGGUGGACGUGAUCUUCUUCUCGAUCGUCUUCGUACAGCUGGACGGACUACAAAACGCGAUCCUGGCGAAUCUGAAAAGAUUGGAGCCUUGGCUCGUUUGUUUGGCCUCAAAUCCGAACGACAGGGACCAGUGUUUGUAUUUAGUCGACGGCUGGCUGGUGAACGAGCCAACAGUGGUCGCAGUUCUACUGUUGCUCUCUUUGACCGGAUUGCAGGCAUUCAUAUUCCUGACUCGGCCGUCCAUUUUCCCUGCCUGGUGGAAUUUCAUGAGAAGGAAAAAUAUGGUACAGCAAGAAUUCGUCAGCCUGGAUGCACGGCAAAAGAAUCUGAUGCGCAGCAACUCAAAGCAGGAGCUGUUGAGAUAUCAACGCGGCCACCAGGCGACGAACUUUGAGCUGCAAUCAAAGCCAACUCCUGUCGUGGCGGUUGACUAUGACCGCAAACGCGUCAGCUCUUCCAUUAGCUCGCCGGAGGAAGCGUACAAGAGCCCACUAUCUGCCAUCAGCCAUGAUACGGCGUUGGAGAGCAGGACCCAAUCACCUAGGAUUGAUCGAGGAUAUGUGCCACCGGAAUAUGUUGGUUCAAUCACGCCAACACUGGCUAACGAGGUCCAUACAAAUCCUCCAGCGGCUGGCUACUCACAGCCAUACUCCAGCCACGAUUAUUUCGCGCCGACUAUGGUGAGCUUGGGCCGAGAAAGGCGCUACAAUGCUCCUGCUACGAGCUUUUCAGCACCUAUGAGAGCAGUCAGUUUUGAGAGGAGGGAGUCCGAUGGUGAAAGCAGCCUUUCGCAACAUCCGCCUAGCGACGUUGAUGGAAGCGCAGAUGAGCUCGAUCCGCGUGGUGGUCGGAGACAACGACGAUGA